CGCUGUUGUUUGUGGUGUCGGCCGGCAGCGCGAGUCGGACAACAACACUCGCCAGGCGGGCGGCGCGGCGGCCGAGGGUCCGGAGGCCGCGGGCGGCGGCGGCGAGCGCGAGCGGAGGGCAGCCGGCCUCCCGCGGCCGCCGAGCCCGGGAGUGCGCGCCGGCCGGAGCCAUGUCGGUGAACAUGGAUGAGCUGCGGCACCAGGUUAUGAUCAACCAGUUCGUGCUGGCCGCGGGCUGCGCGGCUGACCAGGCGAAGCAGCUGCUGCAGGCGGCCCACUGGCAGUUUGAGACCGCCCUGAGCACGUUUUUCCAAGAAACCAACAUUCCCAACGGCCACCACCACCACCAGAUGCAGAUGUGUACCCCCAGCAACACACCUGCCACACCGCCGAACUUCCCUGACGCGCUGGCCAUGUUCUCAAAGCUUCGCGCCUCCGAGGGCCUGCAGAGCAGCAACAGCCCCAUGACUGCCGUGGCCUGCUCACCCCCUUCAAACUUCAGCCCCUUCUGGGCCUCGUCCCCGCCCAGCCACCAGGCCGCCUGGAUCCCGCCCUCCUCCCCCACGGCCCACAGCUUCCACCACCUCCACCACCCACAGCCCACGUGGCCCCCCGGAGCACAGCAGGGGAGCACGCAGCAGAAAGCCAUGGCGGCGAUGGACGGCCAGAGAUGAGACUGGAUGCCGCCGGGCGCUGGGCUGGAGCUAGGGGGCAAUCUAGGGGCGGGGGGGAAGCUGGGCGCGCGGGGGUUUCCUGAAGAUCGCACUGGAAGAUUUUAUAUAAGAGAAUUUUUGUGGGUGGGGGGACAGUAAACUUCUGAGCCACUUGGAUCCUUCAGGAGUUUCAAAUCAGGCAAGUUUUUUUUUCCUCUUUUUAAUAUAUAACUGUAAUAUAUAUAUGAAUAUAUAAAAAUAACUAAUGUAUGUGAGAACGGGGCUGGCCGACGGAGUGUUGGGUCAGCGGGGAAGGGCCAGGGGAGCCACCCAGUGGGCCAGCACCCCUUCCUCCAACCCCAGGCCCAGGGCAGGUGCUGGGGAGCCAGGUGGUGUGACUGCAGUCACUUGGUCUGCUCACUGCCUCCUUUCAAAGGUCACACCUUCUGGAAUCGGGUGAAGGACCACAGGCUUCCUACUCCCCGUGGCAGCUGUGGGAGGGACUCCCGGUGGUGCUGGGUGGCUGAAGGUGUGGGGGCCACUGCCCACCCCCGGUCAGCGGCGCUCCGGCCCGCGUCGCCUCAGCGGCUAGCUGUGCAGGGCUCAUGUAGGACUUGUGAGCCGGCCCCCAACCCCAGGGCUGCCCUGCCUCUCCCACUGUGUUCCCGGCCGUGGACAGCAGAGCGGAGGGCUUGCCUUUGGAUGGAGUUCCCAAAUCAAAUCAUCUCACCAGGGUGAAAUUUUAAUUUAAAACUUAAAAGAGACUUUUCUAACUUC